GCGCGAGGCCCCCCCGCCCACAUCCGCGCGGCUCCGUUUCGGCGUCAUAAUGCUGCGUCGGUUUAUCCAGCUUCAGACAUGGCUUCUCGAUUAGAAAUCAAUUUUAUCAGAUUAUUGUCUCGCUGUGAAUCGAUCGCGUCGGAGAAACGAGGAGAAACCGAAUGGAGAUUAGAAAAGUAUGUUGGUGCCCUGGAGGAGAUGUUGGUGGCUCUGAGGAAAAGCCUGAGCAAACCCACACCAGAAGUGUUGACUGAAUACACGAGAAAAGUAGAUUUUCUGAAAGGACUUCUAGAGGCAGAGAAGCUGUCGUCAGCGACAGAAAAAGCAUUAGCUAAUCAGUUCCUCGCUCCUGGGCGAACACCCACAAUAGCCAACGAGAGGAUGCCUGCGAGUAAAACCGUCCACAUGCAGACGAAGGCCCGGUGUACAGGAGAGAUGAGGGACGAGCUGCUUGGCACGGGGUUGUCGGGGAAAGGCACGUCUGAAACAGAUUUGCGGAACAGAAGAGGUCUUCCUCUGGAUGAGCGUCAGUCUGCUGCAGAGCUCGAGGCCGUCAUGCAGCAUCACCACAACCUGCAGGAGAAGCUUGCUGAGGACAUGCUCAACCUCGCCCGGAAUUUGAAGAACAACACUCUGGCAGCGCAGAACAUCAUCAAACAGGACAACCAGACUCUGAGCCAGUCGAUGCGUCAGGCGGACCUGAACUUUGAGAAGCUGAAGACGGAGUCGGAGCGAUUGGAGCAGCACACUAAGAAGUCCGUCAACUGGCUGCUGUGGCUGAUGCUCAUCCUCGUCUCCUUCACCUUUAUCAGCAUGAUCCUCUUCAUCAGAAUCUUCCCCAGACUCCGAUGAUGAGCGUCUUACAAUCCUGAACUCUUAGUCCUACAUCCUCCUGUGUUUACAGAGCAGUAACUACAUAGGCCUCAUAGAUCUAUACGGCAUGUCUGUACUUGUGAUACAGAUCAGUAGUGGUCAGCACCAAAACAACUCUUGUUUGACGGACUGAAACAUUUGCACUUUUGAAACUGAAAUGUUUAAAAUGUGGUUUGAAGCAUCAGUAUUCCUUUUUUUUAAACAGGACAGAACAUGAAUGGAGGUGAAGAGCUUCUUGUUGAAAGGCCUUUAGGAGCAGCAACAUAGUCUUAAUACGCGGACAGCAGGGACUGAGCCUUAAUUAUUUUAAUCCCAGGUAGGCGACUAGCCAUUCAGUACAUUUAGUACGUUCUCACUUAGUGCGGCUUAAAAUCAUCUUCUUCGUAUUUUUGUCCACGAUCUGAAGGAGUUCACGAACCGUCCACCAUCUGCUGUGUUCUGUAUUGGCCACAGUUUCAACACCGUGGAAAUAUUUCAAAUAGUGAGUCUAAAAAUUCUGACUUAUACAUGAAUAAAAAAAAUACAUAGAUGUGUUUAAACUGAAACUUUAACUGCCCCCCCAGCAUUUAUAAACAGUAUAUAAAUGGUUCCUAAAACACUACAAUGACAUUCAGAGUGUUUAUAAAUCAGCAUUUGUCAGCGACUAUAACUGUUAUUACUAUAUUAUCUAUAUUAUCGUUCACUAUCUGUUCAUACAUAGUCUUCCACUUACAAGCGCCCACAUGAGGAGUUAUUUAUUUUAUGUUUGUAAACUGUUUAUAAAUGCUAAAAAAGAAAAGGGGGUAAAAAUGAAAUGUUACAAUUGUUGUAUUUAAAUGAAACAUUUUUACAAAUUAUAAAUUGGAUUUAGAUUUCAGAUGAGUUACAUCUUCCAUGUUCAAACAUUCACUGUGCGGAGGUGUCGAGCUUUGUUUGUUUUGUUUUAGUUCGCCGCUCCUCACAUGUCAUCUGUCCUCAGUCCUGCUUAUAGUUCAUGAGUGUUAUGUUUGUUUUUUUUUGGUGGUUGAUUCAGGUGAUCAUGUUUGUCAUGUUGGUGAUGAGACUUGCGUGUAGAAAGAUUGUAGAAGAUGUGUUUAAAUUAAUUCCAGGUAGUAUGGAGACACGAAAUGACAACCAUCUCCUUUCAUCGUUUUGGCAUCGUAAUAAUUGUGAGUACUGUACGUGUGUGUUGUGAGAGCUGUGUAUGAACUUUUCCUCAUUAACUCAAAGACCAAAUAUUGCCCUCUGUCAGCCUGAAAAUGGCGAAGCAGUGACUGUAUGUGGCCACUGUGUGUCACUCAUGUCCUUUGAAUAUGAACAGAUAAUGACCUCCAUGACCCUGACGGCCUGAUCAAGCCAUGAAACCUAAAUUAACCCCACUGCUCAUUUAGAAGUGAUCUGAGGAUUGAAUUCUGGCUAAAUAAAGGCGGUUGGCCACAGAAAAAGCACA